AUUGCAGCCAAACACUUUUCUUGAAUGCCUGUUUGAAAUAGAUUACCGUUUCAAGUGCUGUGUCAUUGAAAUAGAAAUUAAUGCAGUAUUUUCUAAAGAUGAAAAUAGUUUCUACAAACAAAUGAACUAUAGAAGAGUUUAUUUCUUGUGAUCAUCCACAACAGUGGUAAAUAACAGGUUCAAGGUUCACAAGGUAUCACUAAAGCGGUCGUAUACGUCAACAUGGCGGAUGACUUGAACUUUCAGAUGCGUCGGAAGCACUGCUUUCCUUCAAAAACGGCGGCAUAAAAUUUGGUGUGGAAGAAAACAAUGAAACUGGAAAUAUAAGCCUAAAAAUGGAAGUCGAUGAAGAGGAAGAAGAAGAACAAUCCAAGCCAGAUCCUGAACAGCCAGUUCUCAAUAGACGAGGAAUGCCUCAGCGAAUCAGAAAAAAGAAUCGCCUGUUUUUCGACGAUGACGUCAUCAAUCCUUUCAUGACAAAACCGCGCGUCAAGAACUAUCAGACAAAAACGCCGACCAAGUCGCCUAAAACGCCGCGUUCCACCCCAGCCACGCCCAAAACACCCAAAACGCCUGCCGUCGAAAUUAAGAGAGAAAGUCCUGACAGAAGACUCGGUCAAAAGAUAGGAAUGCGCCUUAGAAAUUUGCUGAAGCUGCCCAAAGCACAUAAAUGGGUAUGCUAUGAAUGGUUCUUCAGUAACAUUGACAAAACACUAUUCGGAGGCGACAACGAUUUCACGAUCUGCUUGAAAGAGACGUUCCUGAGCUAAAGACUCGCACGUUGUCGCGGGUAGAAUGGUGUCGAAUGCGACGAAUGAUGGGCAAACCCAGGAGGUGUUCACAGGUAAUCUAAAGGGCCCUAC